AUGUCUGUGGUUAUGAUUUUGGGUUAUGGUAUAUGUGUCUUAAGAUUUGUGUUGUGUGUAGGUCUGAAGAUGAUCAGUGUAGAGCGCUCUUUUGCUGAGAAGCACUACGCCGACUUGUCAUCAAAGCCUUUCUUCAAUGGUCUUGUUGACUACAUUGUGUCCGGACCUGUUGUUGCUAUGAUCUGGGAAGGAAAGAAUGUUGUCUUGACCGGACGUAAGAUCAUUGGAGCUACAAACCCCGCUGCUGCUGAGUCUGGAACUAUCCAUGGGGACUAUGCAAUUGACAUUGGAAGGAACGUGAUCCAUGGAAGUGACGCUGUCGAGAGUGCACAGAAGGAGAUUGCUUUGUGGUUCCCUGAUGGUCCUGUCAACUGGCAGAGCAGCGUUCACCCUUGGGUCUAUGAAUCAUGAAUGAUCUGUUUCUUUUUUCAGUAGUGUGUUUUCUAUGUUCCCGACAUUGCUUGCUUUUGUGAUGACUCCUAUAUUUUAAGUUGAAUUUGAUUCUCCUUCUCUACA